AUGGUUUAUAUCAUGAAAAUCUACGUUGACGGUGGCUGUAGAGCUAACGGACAGCCAGGCUCGAUCGGGGCGGCGGCCGCUGCUGUCAAGAGCGCGUCCGCCGAGAUCACAUCCAUUAUCCUUGGUCUAAGGAUGGCUCUGGAUAAAUCUGACCAUCUAUAUUCGCAGCCUCGGCUGGAUGUCACGAUUUACUCCGACUCGACAUAUGCAGUUAUUUGUAUGGAGAAGUGGAUUUACAAGUGGAUCAGUAACGGAUGGAUGAACCGUAAAGGAAUUGAGGUAGCAAAUCGAGAUCUCCUUGAGAAAGCAGCGGUUCUCGAUGGCCGGCUUAAGGAGAAGGGAGAUUUGCAAUAUGUAUGGAUUCCAAGAGAGGAGAAUCAGUAUGUGGAUAAGCUGUGCAAUGACUUGAUGGACACUAUAUGUUUAGUUGAAAGGCUGUGCAGUAGCCUGAAGAACGUGAGAUGUGAUGUGUAA